CGGAUGGUAGAUAAUGGAUGGAGCUCUGUGGGAAGACCCUAUAAAUUGAGCUGUUGUAGUGGAUAUUUUGUGGCAAAUCAAAUGUAGAUAGAAAUUUGUACCUUCUGGUAACACUCCCAGGCUGCAGAUUGGGAUGGAUUUUCGUGGAAUAAAUAAAUUAAAUUGGCGUUUGCAUCUGAGUAACAAUAACAACCUUGUUGAUUAUAGUGCGGAAAAUAGGUUCAGCAGUCCUGAUGCGGCGAAUGAGUGCCACCAGCAGCUCUGUCUCCAACAAGUCGAUUGUGGGAUUGUGGGGGCAACAACAAUGGGCUCAAAACAAAAACGAGCAGCAACAACACCAGCGCAAGCCGUAGUCGCGGACGAUGAGAACGAUUUAGAUGGAGCCGUGGGAGAAGGCGAGGACAAAGCAGGACACGGCGCAACUACAAAACCGGCAGAGGAGGGUGGGGAUAAGAUGGAAAGCGCUGCAUACUACGAGUUGAAUGUGGAUGUGGCUGGCUGCGGACUAGCCGCCAUUGCCCUCUCGCCCAUUGAAGCGGCUGCUGGCGGCCUUAGCUCUAGCCGCACCUCCGUAAAUAACUCGACUGAAAACCUGAGCUACGCCAGUGACAAUUUUUACGGUGAUGAUCUCAUCCUGCUGGACGAUGUUGAUGUGGACGCUGAGGAGAUAUCGAUCAACUCAGACGACUGCGUCUACGCAUACCGUGGGGACAGGGCUGACUUUGACAUGGACCUGGAAACUACCGUUAUGGGCAGGGGUGGGCGGCACCACCUUGACCUGGGUCGGCGAUCGGUCAGUGGAGUUGACGAUAGCCUUAUAUGCGUCGACGACGAGACCGAGUUCCUGGAAAUGGAUUUCGAUCCAGACCCGUCCUCGGAGCUUGAGUUUACGGGUAGGGCUCAGGAUUUGGGCGUCCAGCCUCAAGCCAAUCUGUUACUGAUGCAGCGCGACUAUAGCCAGAUGAGUGGCAAAGUCGGAGACCCGCCUGCACAGGCCAGGCAGCUACACUGUUCACCUAUCGACGAUUUUCCGCAAGAGGAUGAGUUACCGCAGCAGAAGCACCACCUUAGCAAGAAGUUUGCCCGCAUCAACUUGAAUCUAGACCAGAUCAAGGACGGUGUGAGUAGCGGAAAUGGAGGGGACCACAAUUUAGACAAGCUGAUGGGUGCUGGUGUUGAAACAGAGGUGAAGGCCACCGAAGGUGAACAGUCGUUUAAGUCGUCCCUGGCUCACUCGUUGCCCAACACAUUAUACGCAGGAGCUAGCUUUGGGCGCAGCACUAGCGUGCCUAGCAAACAUCCGGAGCCUAAGCUGACGGGUGCUAAGCCUAAGCGACCCUCCCACUCCUCAUCUGUGAUGUCCAAGAGCAGCUCUUCGUACAAGUCGCGUCGCACCCAGACCUCAACAACUUUUGACGAACGUUGCUAUAGCUGCACUGAUUUUCGGGCCACCUCGUUGUCAUCAUGCCAGCAUCAGCAGUUAGGAUCGGGAACAGGGCAAGAUCAAAUGGCUCCCAUGCUGAUGGCUGCUGCGGCUGUUGUGGCCAUGGCCUCGUCUUCCUCGUGCAUGGCACAUUUUGACUUAAGCGGUACCGAGGAUAACUGUUUGGACUGUCUGGAAAAGGAAUUCUUGGCGAAUACCAUCGGCAAAGCUCUGGACCCAAGGACAUGUCCCAAGUGUCGUAGGCCUGCCGGUGGACGAGGCAGUAGCCUCUCCCUUUAUGCCCGGGCGGACCAAACGAGCUGUCGGAGCGGUUCACCAGUACAUUUCGAUGGGUCCCUGCUCGGCGCAUGGCACAUCUCAUCGACAACCGGAAUGGUUUCCGGCCCCAGUUUGGGUCCACCCUACCACCAAAGGAUAAAUUCGUGUGAUACAAAUUUCAACGGCCUACAGCUGCUCAAUCAAACUUAUUCGACUGAGCCGCUGGUAAUAAGUCUGUCCACAGGAAAGACGUGCGAUGAGGAGCACGUACUGCAGGCUCUAGACAAACUGCACGUCACUUAUGACAGGGAGCUACUGCAUGACUAUUUUAAUAUACUGGGCAUGCGACGACAGGCGAACAGCAGUGUCAAUCUUAAGCAGCUACUGAUACAAGCGUCAAAGCGGCAAGGAAACCACCGUAAGCUCAAACGUCUGAUCGAGAUAGUGACGCAGCAACAGCUCAUUGUGCAAUUUAAACGGAAAGACGAAGUCAAAACUGAACUGGUUCCCAUUAUGGUGGCGGAUAUUCUUAAAGCCUGGAACCGCUGUCGAGAUCUGUCUAUCCUGCUGCAAUUGGAUGGUCGUUUUCAUAGCGAAAAUGUGAUGGGAAAGAUUGGACAUAUCGUGAGGGAAGCAACAGUAGCGGCAUCAUCAUCUGCCCAGGCGGCAUCGUCAUCCUUAGCCUGCAAACGUCCCCUGCCCGAGUUCCUAAUGAUCCCGCAGUAUUACGAGAGUGGAGAGCUGACACUAACCCGCAAAUGAAUAAAUGCACUCACAAGCCCACCCACUCAUCUUUCUAGCACGAACUCCCCAAAUUCUCAUCCACACACUAGAAAUAAUUCGAUAAGUGUUAUUGUAAAAUUGUGUUAUAUAAGCGAUCUUCCUGGUUAAAUAUCGUUUUCUAAAUGACCAAGACCGACCGUGUAAGUGGGGUCAGCUCCAAACGGCACUACAUACAAAAAAUUAAAGGAAAUAAAGAAACUCCAAGUUAA